AUCUUUUAAAAUCUCGGAACAGAGUGAAAUGCACUCUUCUGCCGAAAUCUCAGCAACGACUUCCAUUCGAGAGGAACAUCUUGAAACAAACGAGAAAGAUAAAAGUUUGCAAUUUUCUGAAAAAUUAUGGCAAUGUCAUCAAUGUCGCUUUACUACAAACUCCGAGAAAGAAUGGUUCGUACAUAAACAGACACACGUCAAUGCCCCAUGCACGUCAAAGAAACAGGAAAAAAUAGAUCCAGAAGUGUUGAGAGCAUCCGAAAUUCUCAUAAACAUGAGAAAGAAAAGAUUUGAGAUGAUAAAAGAACAAAAGGAAUCGCCUGAUUCCGAUACUCCGCCAACAUUACAAUAACCUACGAAUGUUAAAUAUUGAUUCAUAUUUUAUACAAUUUUUAAAAAUUUCAACGAGAGAUUCCUCUGAAUUCGACAUUUAAGACGAAUUGAACCUAAUGAUU